UCUUCUUUUACCGCUAAAGUGAAGUGCAGAAAGAGAUACAGAGAGAUAGAGAGAUACAAAACAUACAAUCCAAAGGUUUCUUGUUCCCGGAAAUGGAGGUCUCUCCGUCGGAAGACAAACUCGUUGGCUCCGUCGACGGCGAAGCUGUUCCUACACAAGUAUCCGACAUAAAAAACGAAGCUUUAGACAUUUGUCGGAUUUUCCAAUCACCGGAGGAACCAGACAAUCCGUUGAGACAUCCGUGCGCGUGUCGAGGCUCUCUCAAGUUCAUCCACUCAGAUUGUCUUUUUCUCUGGCUCAAUCGCCGUAAAUGCAACCAUUGCGAGAUUUGUAAGCGACGCUACUCAAUUGUUCCUGUUUAUUCCGAGAACGCUCCAGAGAGACUAUCAUACCACGAAUUCUUAAUGGGAUUGCUACUGCGAGCACUACGUUUCAUGGCUUGGAUUCUUCCUUGGAUCUUGAUGAUUCCUUUCAACGCGUAUUGCUUUUCUCUUCUUCCUUGUGACAAGGAGGACUUUGUGAACCACACUGUUUUUGAACUGUCCUUGAAAUUUCCUGGCCUGUUUUACACUGCUGAGAUAGUCUUUAGUACCACCUUUAUGGUUGUUCUUGUGGAAAUCAUGAAAGAGCUUUUAAGGAUACACCCCGAGUUUUUACGUCUUAUGAUCAUCUUAGAUAAUGCUCUAAAUGAUAGAGACGUUACUGGCAUUUUGCUGUUGUUAGCAAAUCAUUUUCAUAUCCUGUGCGACUGGUGGCAUGAUCAGCUCUUACACUUGCCAUUUCUCCAUAUCUUUUAGAGGGGACCUCUUCCACUAGUGUUUGUUCCUAGAAACACGCCGCUUCAUCACUUUGGAGCCAUCAGAAGCUUUUUUUUCCUUUUGAAUGACAACACUUUUGCUGUUCUUGCCAUCAACAUAUAUUGGUCUUUUUUCAACGUUCUUUUACCAUUUUCGAUUGGCCGAGGUGUCUUGUUUCUUCUACGCUGUUUCCCACAUGGUUGGAUUGCGGAAUAUCCAUCUGAAGUGGCUGCGGGUGAAAUGGUUAUAUCAUCAGUUUGCUUGGCUUACCUUGGAAGUGUCUUUCCUCUGCUUCCAAACACAUAUCUAACAAGAGGCAGAUGGUUUUUACCGUCAGUUAAAGAUACAUUCAUCUUGUGUUUUAAACUCGGUGUUCUGCCUUGGAUGCUUGGUUUCUGGCUAGAUUUCUGCACUUCCCCUAUAUUGGGAAUUACAAUUUCCCAAAGCAUUGAUGUUCUUUCAGACUA